CUGUCUUUCGUAUCGUUCUUGUACCCGUGUCUACUAUGUGACAGGUUUGUCGGCCGCCAAGCUGCUGUCCGAGCGCGGCAUUGACGUCACCAUACUCGAAGCACGUGACCGGGUCGGAGGCCGCCUGUUUACCAUAAAGAAUGAUUUGGUUGGCUGGGUGGACCUGGGUGGAUCGUACGUGGGCCCCACGCAGAACCACAUCCUGCGUCUCGCCAACGAACUGCAAGUGGACACGUAUAAGAUAUUCGACGACCUCAAGUUGCUGCACUUCAGCGAGGGCAAGGCGUACCCGUACGAAACCACGUGGGCCCACUUCGGCCUCAAUGACCCCCUUGCAUGGUUCGACAUCAACUACGUCAUGCGCAGGAUGGACAUUAUGAUGGAGCAGGUUCCCGCUGUAGAUCCGUGGAACUGUCCCCACGCGGGAGAAUGGGACGCUAUGACGCUGCAGAACUUCUUCGAGAAGGAGUCAUGGACGAAGGGCUGCCGCGACUACCUGAGUGCCCUGGCGCAGGUAAGCCUGUCCAAUGAGCCAAGCCAGGUGUCCCUGCUGUGGGCGCUGUGGUACAUCAAGUGCUGCGGAGGGAACCGUAGGAUGUGCAGCACAUUCAAUGGAGCACAGGAAAGGAAGUUUGAAAAUGGUGCCAUGACAGUUUGUGAAAGGCUCCUGCAGCUGCUGGAAGGUAGGGUUGAGUUCAACGCCCAAGCAUGCGCCCUUCAGCAAGACGAGAAUGGCGUCGUCGUGGGUGUGAUCGACGGCAGGGAGUUCCAGGCUGAUUACGUCAUAAUGGCAAUCCCGCCGCCCCUACAGCUGAAAAUUCAUUACGAGCCUCCGCUGUCGCCACUGCGAAACCAGCUCAUACAACGUACGCCAGUUGGCUCGGCGUUCAAGAUGAACAUUUAUUACCCCAAGCCCUUCUGGAGGGAAGCAGGUUAUGGUGGAAUAGCAUCCUGUGCCGACGACAGCCUAGCUUUCAACAUUACCACAGACGACUGCAGACCUGGAUUAUCCCUGGCGGCCCUCACAAUAGAGCUGACGAGCGACUCAUCGCGUAAUGAACUCUUGGAUCUUGAGAGAAGAGGGGGCAUGGUCUUCUCCUAUGCCAAGGGUGGAAAGGCUGGACAAGAGAUCGUCGAGCCACCGAGGGACGUCGGUGGAAAGACGUUGCCUGCGCAACUCGUCAAAACUCUGGCAUACUCGGAUCAGUUCUAA